AUGGUGCAGGAACAGGUACAGGCACACCUGGCAGAAGAGCUGUCCAACUGGAGAGCAGAACAACAGACUCAUGAAGGGAUCUACCUUGAGCGGAUUACAAACCUGGAGCAGGAAGUCAGUAAACUACGCACAGAGCUUACAGAAGCCCGGCACACCAUCCAGCAGCCUGCGCCGGGGAGGCAAGACACACCGGCAAUUGAUACCCAACCAAACCGGGUAAACAAACAUGUCAACAGCCAAACCCCCAAGGUGAGGGAAAUGAGCCAACAACCAAGGCAGGAACCUAGUUUUGCAGACCUAGCUGCACUGCUCUCCACCAGACCGGGAGGACAGGAAUGGCAGGAGGUCACUAAAAAGAGGCCGAAGAACAGACAAAUCCAAGCAGUUGCUGCUGCUAACCAGCCUGAUCCAACCAAACUUAAGCCAGCCAAGGACAGCCCCAAAGAGGCACGGAGGCUACUCUUUCGCCGAGAGGGAGGCAAAACCGCCCCAAAAUCAGAGAAAGAGGAUGUCAUUCUGGCCAUCAACCGAGCAGUAGCAAAGGAACACUUCCCAGCGUUCAUCCGGGUGGUGGAUGCAGGAUAUACCAACACCGGAGCGAUUACAAUUCUCCUGGAGAAAGGCACCCUAGGCUCUAUGCUACUACCUGUCUACAAAGACCUACUGGUCACUGCAGCUCGACAAGCAGACCCAACAGUGAUAUCUGUUGAACUACCAGAACAAUGGUACCGUGUCAAGAUUCAUGGGGUCCCAAUUAGACGUUACCUCACUUGUGGUCUGGCUCUGGCUCGUGAAGAGAUUGAGCUAGGUGUGACGGCCUGGUCACGUUGGUUGCUUAUCACGUGA